GACUUCCGGUGGAUUUUUCGUUAUUUUAGGUUCCAUGGAAAUUUAAAUUGUAUAAGAGUCGAUGGAUUUCAAGGGUUGGGGCUUUGGUUCGUCAUUUCCAAGCACUUGGUUGUGAUGUAAAUAAAGGGAGACCGAAAUAUCAUGCGAGUACCCCAUUACGCUCUCAUUAUACAUAAUAUUGCGGGCAAUUACUAUUUGCGCUCAAUUGGUAGUGAUUUGAGUGAGUUAAGCCAUCGUACGACCUGUCGUUUCAAAUAUCAGGCAAAUUCGAUAUUUUUUCACGAGAUGAUAUUCACGAAGAGUAAAAAUAGAAGAAGUCAUCCGCAGAGAUUGUCCUCACCCCUUUCUUCAAACAGAACAAUAUUCAGGAGAAAAUCCAUCAGCAAUGCCCCAGCAUGACGCUAGACAUAGCCGACAUUAAAGCCAAGAUCUUGAAGUUCUUAAACUACAGAUCAGUGAAGCAUGGUCUACCAUUCGUAUUAUUUAUCGUAGGAGGCUCCUUUGGACUCCGAGAAUUCACAAACGUAAGAUAUGAAUAUCGAGCGACAAAGCAAGUCCAGGAUAAUUUGGAAAGCUCGGGGAUCCCGAUGAAGGAGAAGCAUGAGACGACGCUAGAGGCGACGUACGAAACCAUUAAAGAGUUGGAUACGGAUAACUGGGAAAAUAAGAGAAUUGCGCGGCCAUGGGAGCCAGAGACGCUGAAGACUUAACUAAGUGAUUAAUUAUAGCUGUUUAAAUUGAAUAAAUGACUCCAAUUUAAUGCAUUCGGA